UGACGCGUCCUCGGUUUUGCAUAGAUUCAACGCAUGGCAUACAUGAACAUGAGCCGCGAGAAUGGCAAAGCAAAAGGAUAUCCAAUCUUAGAUCACGACCUGAAUGACCCUGAAAUGGAAGAUGUUAUGGCGAGUAGUGAUGAGGACGACGACGACGAUGAAGACGGCCAUGCUAAUGUUCAGGCAGAGCUAAGCACCGAGGAUAUUGAAAGAGUAGACGGGAGGAACGAGCAUCAGGGGGAGCACAGGAAGGAACACCAGGAACGGCGCCUCAACAGCGGCAGGGCAGAACCAAGCAUCGAGGAUGUGGAAAGGACGGAGAGAAGGAGAGCGCGUCAGGAAGAAAGCCUUAGCCGUAGUGUCCGGAAUGCCAUUCGAGAUGCCCUCUGCUUUGAUCCUUAUAUUCUGGAGAUAGCGGAGGAGCUUCAGAUUCCAGAGGAUCAGAGGAUCACCAGGGAUGGGAAAGGCCGACUGGUGUUUUACCUCAAAGCACAUUUUUUCGACGACUAG